AUGGGUGGCAUUUAUGGUGGUGAUGUCGACUUUCUAGUGGUUUUUGAUGGUGGCACAAACUUGAAGGUAGUGGUGGAGAUUGGCCUCGAUGGUGAUAGUGCCAAAUUUCCCAAAUUUCACUGUCAAAUUGGUAACCAAUCGUUAAGAAUCACAGAGGAGCAACGAAACUCAAAUUUCUCAAUUCCCAAAACUCCACAACAAUUAGGCAAGGAAAUCCACCCGAAUCCGACUGAGUUGAUGGUGAAGCAGCUGGAUAUUGCAGGGAAGGGGGCAGUGUGGGCUAGGCGGAAGAAGGUGGCUAUGAGGGCAACAUUGGGUGGCAAAGGGUGGAGGGAGGUCAAAGAAGGAGUAAGAAGCAGAAGGAGGAGAGUGAAAGAAGGCUUAGACAAAUUAAAAAAUUGA